AAAAUGGCAGACGCAUACUCCACCCACGCGUACAAACAGCGAGCUCCUCCACCCCGCGACGCCGCGCGCCUCCGCCCAAAACCCUAGCCACCCCGCGUCGCCCGCCUCGGCGCGCCCAAAACCCUAGGGCAUCCCGGAUCCGAAGCUCCCGGCCCCAAUGGCGUCGCCGGACCUGUUCCCGAACGUCUCCUUCUCCCAUGUCUCCGUCCCCGCCGCCGCGGGCGCGUCGACGGAGGUCACCGGCGGCGCCACGGCCGUGUUCGGCGGGGACGCGUCCACCGGGGCCCCGCGCCUCAGCCUCGUCUGGUCCGGGGAGACCCAGGCGAAGCACACGCUCGAGAUCGAUCUCUCUGACGCGCAGAUAUUUAAGCUGGGGCCGACGGAGUGGCUGUGCGUGAGCGGCGAGUCGGAGGCUAAGGACGGUGUGGAGGAGAAGUCAUAUUCAAGAGCAAUUAAGGUUGUUCUUAGGACAGAAGCUGAGAGCAAAGCCUUCUAUUUAGCUUUUCAACAAUGGAAACACCGAGUGAUUAGUGGAAAAGCUGGUGAACCUUUGGAAAAUGGAUUAAUAAUUGGUUCUAAAAGCAAAUUUGAUACAAAAAUUGAGGCCUCAUCAGCAAAGAUGUAUUUCCACUACUAUGGCCAGUUAUUACAUCAGCAAAAUAUGUUGCAAGACUUUGUCAGGACAGGAACAUACUAUGCUGCUGUAAUGGAAAAUCGAUCCGAUUUUGAGGGUCGAGUUGUGGUUGAUGUUGGAGCUGGUAGUGGCAUUCUUUCAUUAUUUGCUGCACAGGCUGGUGCCAGACAUGUAUAUGCAGUUGAGGCAUCUGAAAUGGCUGAACAUGCUCAGCGUCUUAUUUCUGGAAACCCAUCUCUUGGACAAAGAAUAACGGUCAUCAAAGGCAAAGUUGAGGAAGUUGAACUUCCAGAGAAAGCUGACAUACUUAUUUCGGAGCCUAUGGGAACCCUCUUGGUGAAUGAAAGGAUGCUGGAGUCCUAUGUUAUAGCUAGAGACAGAUUCCUUGUGCCAGGUGGUAAAAUGUUUCCAACAACUGGAAGGAUUCAUAUGGCUCCAUUUUCCGAUGAAUACCUCUAUGUUGAAAUGGCAAACAAGGCUCUCUUCUGGCAGCAGCAUAACUUUUUUGGUGUUGAUCUUACACCUUUGCAUGGUUCAGCAUUCCAGGGGUAUUUUUCACAGCCUGUGGUGGAUGCAUUCGAUCCAAGAUUAUUGGUUUCUCCGCCUACGUUUCAUACGCUUGAUUUCACUACCAUGAAGGAAGAGGAGCUUUACGAGAUUGACAUUCCCCUAAAUUUUGUGGCCUCUGUUGGCACUAGGGUGCAUGGGCUAGCUUGUUGGUUUGAUGUAUUGUUCAAUGGGAGCACUGUCCAGAGGUGGCUUACCACUGCUCCAGGCUCCCCUACGACUCACUGGUAUCAACUACGAUGCAUACUUUCACAGCCAUUAUAUGUCAUGGCAGGACAAGAAAUAACAGGACGACUUCAUCUGGUAGCCCACAGUGCACAAAGCUACACGAUAUACUUGACGAUGUCAGCUAAAAUGUGGGGUGAGGGGGCAGAACAAGGUGGCAUCCUGCAGACAUCCACAGCCAAACUUGAACUCAAGGAGCCAUACUACAGGCUGUCUCAACCACAACCAUAUGUGAUGCAACAAGACCAGCAGCAGCAGCAGUUACCAUCUUUGCAGCCACAGAGUCCUCUCUGGGACUAUCACUACGGACAAGAUUAGUUGUCUGGCCUCAGCUAUUGAACAUUGGCAAGAAUAGCAGGGAUCUGAGCAGCAGAUGCAAGAUGGUCUUAGCCCUAGUAUAACGAUUGAACCAGACCAAGACUCGGCGGCCUUCACUAGAUAGCUCGUAAGCCGGAGUUGCUUCAGGCAAACAACUCCAGGCCUGUACAACAGUAUGCUCCUACCUGAUGUUGCUAGGCGUUAGCUGUCAGUGGCUAACAUUGCAUUCGUUGUGUACGAGAGGUUGUGCAGCUGUAGCUAAUUGUGCUCGUGUCUGCACCGUUAUUUAAAGGGGGUCAAAUACAAUAAGUGUAUCUGUUUGCAGGAAAAGCUCAACGACAAAGGCGUCUAACUAGAACGAUUGUUGUGUAUGUUCUUAUGUAUUAUUGUUUUAUUUAAUUUAAAAAUGGUUGGUCGAUCAA